CUACGAGUAUGUGCAGAACUGCGGCGCAGUGGCAAAAGGUCGAUUAAUUACUUAGGUACUAAUGUAACAAAUAUAGUUUAAGCGAGCGCGAAGUUUAAACACGAGCCCACAAAAGUUUAAUAUUAUGCCAAUAAGGUGGGCACAGUUAUCACUUUUCAAGGUAUGAAUCUGGAUAGCAUUAGCAUUACCCUUGAAGAUUGAUCGAUACGUACUCUAGCAAUUAGUAGUUUAAGAGUCGAAUCUAAACAAUAUUGCAGUGACUGUAUCCCCAUUUAAAUAUUUAAAACAGCAGUAGUGAUAAACUUAUGUAACUGUUGGCAGGCGUUACAAACAAAAUAAACUUAACUCGAUCGGCCCCAUUUGUCUAAACUGAAGCACAGUUGGCCCUACAACUUUUGGCUAUGAGCAGACACCGAAAUAUUGGUGGCCUUACUGGACUGCUGUAGUGACUUUUCAACUGUAUUUGUAAUGUGAGAAUAUUGUUAACUAACGGACGGUUACAGGGCACAACCGUAACGGACGGUUACAGGUUACGGCUCAAUUUGUAAUGGUUAAUUUUCAAUAUGGUCAAUUCUAAUUAACGUUGGGCCAACACUGAUCAUUAAUAUGAGACCAUGCGGCAAUGCGAAAAAUGCAACAUUGCGCUAGCGUUUCUGAUAUAUAGUUACUUAUAAGAAUUCUAACAAUAAGUCUCAUAUCAAAACCGUGCCUUUGAGUAUAGUAGACAAUAGGCACCAUUUAACAUACAUGUACGUAAUGAUUUUAAUAUGUCAAAAUAAAACGUCACGAUGAAAAUUUGCGAAUCAGAAUUUAUAUACAAGAAAUAUAAAAUAAUAAAACAAUAUAUAUUACAUAUAUAUUCCGCGUGUUAUGCCUGUUAACAUUUAACGCGGUUUAUAAUUGAACGAUUUUAUUGAAUGAUUUAUCGUAAGAAGAACAGCAGUAGCUAAUUGAACUUAGAAGCACUAGGUUUAUUUCCGCCUCUUUACAGGGAUGUUAUUAUCGCCGCUUGCCGAGUUAUUUUAACAAGAAAUCCAAUCCAGCGUAACUGUGACUUCAAGAGUCUUGAGAGAAUGAGUAGGUACCUGCUAUUAAUCGAACACCACAUUUGAUAGCGGUUAGCUAGGGAUAGUGCACUUGCUUGAGAAUAACUGGCCAGUGCACCGAGUGUCUCGGAAUAGACGCAGCACGUGCGUCGGCCGCAAUAAACGUGCACUCGCGCCGCGCCGUCUUCACCCCAAAAACGUAAAUCUGACAUUACGUUACGGCCUUGUGACCUUGCUUGAAAAAGCAAGAGAAAGAAAAGUGUAAAUAAUUGUUCGUUUUAGUGCAAAAAGUACAAAUAAAUUAUAUAAAUAGUCGACUACGAAUGGAGUAGACCAGGUGCAAUGAUAACAAAACAAAGGGGUUUGGAAAGAAAUUUCAACAAUUGCAUUUAUAUAUCUAAACAGAGGCGUAAAGUUUUCUACGAUGCGCGAAGCAGGCCUAGUGCUUUAUGCUCUUUUGAUAAUAUUACCAGAGCCACCUGUCUGCAGUCAGCAGCCACAAAAUGCCAACAUAGUAAAAGAAUGGGGCCGAACGUUGGGCAUGGAGCUGUGGAAGCUUAAUCAGGCCUUGACCAAAGCUGACAAAAUAAGACUUAAUUACAAAACUAUGAAUGCAAGCGUCAAACAGAAAGAUGGAGGACAAAUAUUACGGUCUUCACUGACUUCAGUCGGAACAAUGCUUACAAAGAAAAUAAAUGCUGUGAAAUGCAUCCACGCAACAGCCAUUGAGUUAGCACGAGAGUUCAAUGGCACUGUCGACGAGGAUUUUCAGUACUGUUCGGCCAAGUAUUCAGAAUUUAUGGUCGUUGAUGAGUAUACCAAUGAGACUACUUUACUUACGAGCGUUACAGAAAAACCCGCUUUUGUUAUAAAGGAAAAGCGUCAUUAUGAGACAAUUUUUCUAGAAAAUGACUCUCAUUUUUAUGAUAUUGCCGUCAACAUAAAUAGGAGCUGCGUGCAUAUCCCCACCAACAUUUAUUUCAAAGACGAGGACGCAAAAAAUGCAAUUCAUUGGACAAGAGGCCUCAAUGACGUCUUCAUAAAAAAUUACCAAGCUGACCCGUCUCUGUCGUGGCAAUAUUUUGGGACUACGUAUGGUAUUCUACGUUUUUUUCCAGCUAUGCCUUGGAACAUGAGAAAAACUGACACCUAUGACUGCCGGGUACAGUCUUGGUACAUCGAAGCCGCCACCUGCUCCAAAGACGUCGUUGUCCUUUUUGAUAUAUCCGGAUCAAUGACUGGCUUCAAGAACUAUGUGGCAAGGACAACUUUAAAAUCUCUGUUGGAUACCUUAUCGAACAAUGAUUACGUUAACGUGUACACUGUUAGUGACAAUACUGACCAAGUAAUGAAUUGCUCUGAAGGGCUAGUUCAAGCAACAAAAGAAAAUAUAGGAACUUUAAUGGAUAUCCUUACGCCAACAGACGAAGGAAAAAACCACAAGAUACCACUGAAUGGUAUUGCCAAUUUUACUAAAGCGUAUAUAAAGGCUUUCGCUACGUUGAAAGAACGAAGAAAUGAAACCGAUUGCAAUGUUGCGAGUACUGGAGGUUGUAACCAAUUGGUAAUGGUGAUCACAGAUUACGCUUUCGAAAACCUUUCUGCAGUAUUUGACGAACACAACAGAGAGGUAGUAGAUGGAGUGACGUAUACACCUGUCAGAGUAUUUACGUACCUUAUUGGAAGAGAAAUAGCAGGCCUCGCCGAGUUACAGCAAAUGGCUUGUUCAAAUAGAGGUUACUUCGUCCACAUCCACUCUGUGGAGGAAGUGCAGCAGCAGGUUCUCAAGUACAUCAAUGUGAUAGCUUUACCUAUGAUUCUGAAUGGGUCAGAGCCUCCUCCUACAUGGACACACGCCAGUAUGGACCAUACGAGAACAUAUGAAUGGGGAGUUAGCCCAGACGUUACCAAGCCUGAUGAGGACAAGUUGGUGACUUCAGUUGCAAUCCCUGCGUUCGACAAAUACAGCGAGAAUGCCACGUUGCUGGGCGUCGCUGGCACCGAUGUUCCCAUCGACAGCAUCUCUAAGUUAGCACAACCUAACCAGCUAGGUGUUAACGGGUACUCAUUCAUUGUUAGUAACAACGGAUAUCUUUUACUACACCCCCUAUUAAAAACUUCCAUCAAUGGGGCUCUUCAAGUGAACUACAACAGCGUUGACUUCGUUGAGGUGGAACAAGUAGAUGAUGGAAAGGAUUCGCGCGAGCUGGGUGAUGAGAUCAAAUGGCUACGUCAAAACCUCACCGAGGCAGUUAGCGGAAGGAUGACUAAUAUCGAAGUGCUCUUCCAUUACGACGAUAUGAGGAGGAUAUCACGAGUCAAACAUGACUACUUCUUCAGCGAGCUGGUGGGUACGCCAUUCUCGAUGGGCAUCUCUCUUCCAGUGGGAUACGGUGAUACGGAAAUGGUACUUAAUAGCAAUCCUCUCAAACCCACGCAAGAGGAUCACACUGAGUUCAAUGUAACAGACUUCUUUAGAUACAGCUACAGAGUACAUCCUGAAUGGGUUUAUUGCAAAUACCAUUAUUUGGAGGGACACGAAUCAGAUAGUCCUGAAAUAGAAGUGUGGAACUUCUUGGUCAAUAUAUCAAAGGCCGAAAUCGACGUAUCCAGGAAACAGUAUCAGGAGGAAACCGCCAAUGAAUUCUCGGUAGAAACUCACUGUGGAGACGCUCAGACGCCUAUCGAUAAAGACGACUACUACUGCAAUGAGGAUCUAGUUAAGCAGUUAGUCUUCGACGCGAAGCUUUCAUAUCCUUAUUUCCAUAACUGGUCCGAUUAUACCGAAUACGACGUCGAACUAACCAAGAAAUACGGAGUUAGUGUGAGAUUCAUUAUGACUUCAAGUGGGUUUACCAGGUGGCAUUAUCUAUAUGAUGAUGACAAGAAUGAAUGGGUAGACGACGACGGGUACCCACAUAAGAAUUACUCUGGAAAGGUGCUUGGUGAUCAUUACGCAACAUCAAUAGAAAUUACUCCAUAUAAAGCUGCAGUUCUUCAGAGCAUGAUUAAUACGGAGUCACUUGUAGUUGCGUCACCGUUGCCAGUCCUUGAUCCGGCUGUAAAAUAUCGGCCUCCAGUUAUCAAUGAACUUGGUGACGUCACCCUUACUGCAAGUUACGCUAUCUUCUAUACAGAAAAUUCUAGUGACACGCCAGCUUCCGUAGUGGGCUUCCAAUUUUCACAUUCGCAAUUUCGAGACAGAUUUAUGAAUAUCUCAACAAAAGAAAAUGGAUUAUCGUGCAAUAGCAGCGAAUACGAAUGUUACAUUAUAGACAGUUCAGGUUACGUGGUGAUGUCUAUGGAUCAGGAAGAAGUGGGCCAAUUCUUCGGUGUCAUCUAUCCUUUAGUAUUGCAGUCGCUCAUAUACAAGGAGAUAUUCGAACACGUCGAGGUGUUUAACUACCAGACCCUAUGCCCAGAUUCAAUGUUGGGAGAUCCCAACUGCUCGUGGACUCUUAGCACGCCAUUUACUUUAAUAAAAUGGUUACUUGCGGAAUUUUUAAUAUUAUUGGGAGAUCUAUACCAUUGGAAUCAAUACGCUUACGCAAACGUGAUUUUCGAAUACGAGGAUUACGUAGAAGCUACAACAACAACAGCGCCAGAAACAGAAAAAGAAGGACCAAAGGAGUCAAUAGUAUCUAUGGAGGACGAGAAAACGUUUUCUUGCGACCACCGGAUUAGCCUUUACAUUUUGAACCAGACACACUUUUUGAAGACAGUAAAGGAUAACCCAGUCACUUACGAGGAUGAAGUAGGAGAAUGCAAUCCUCCGUAUUGGGCGUCCUACGUCGGUCAUACUAAUUUACUUUUGGUAGUAAUCGAGAAGGUGGACUCUGAGAAUUUCAGUGAAAGUUGCGAGAAACCACCGACGACGCGGCCAGAGCCGACGCCGAACUCAACGGAUAGCCGCGAGCCAUGCCACAAACUGGGGCUAGGAAUGCUGCCGCGGCGAAGACUAGAAGGAUGUUUUACAUAUCAUGAACUGGAAGCAAACGCAUCAACAUGCGGAUUAGCGACUACAUCCGUGGCCACUCCUCAGUUCAUUGCAUUUUCAACGUUACUGAGUACCCUUGGUUCCCGAUUGCUUUGCUGGUGAUAAUUUAUUUAUUUGUUAAUCGUAUUUGUACUGUUGUUUGUUAUUGUUAUAUCCAAUAAAUAUAAUUACUGCAGUU